AUGCCCCCUGCGUACGAGCUUCGACCCGGUGGAGAUGUAAAGAACAAGAAACAAAACAUGGCCGAAUUGAAACUACGACGUUUAAACGAGCUCAACAUAAGGUUGAAGGAAGACCUAGAACGUCCGCGAGUCAAAGUGUCUGAGGCUUCCAUGUCACUCAUCAAUUACUGCAAUAAUACAAGAGAUUUUAUGGUGCCUUCUGUGUGGGGUCAGAUUGACAAACGCGAAGAUCCAUACACGCCUCAACAAUCGGGUGGCUGCUGUUUGAUCAUGUAG